AUGAACACGGAAUACGAAACUAUUAAUGAAAAUGUCGUGAAUUGGAAGACAUUUAUGAGACAGCUGGCUGUGAAUAGUGUCUCGUCGGUUUUUGAUAUACUGGUCGGUGUAGGCACCGGAGCUCCAACUGUCAUCAUACCCCAGCUCAGAAAAAAUGCUAACACUACAGAAAGCAUCACCGAUGAUAUGGCGUCAUGGGCAUCAUCUGCAAAUCAAUUUUCUGGAGUCUCGUGGGUAAUUAUACUUACAACGAUGGCACAUUUCCUUGGACGUAAGAAAACUAUGAUGUUCCUCAACAGUCUCCUCAAUGGCUUGCAAAAAAUGGAAAAUAUGACCAGUGUGCUUCAUCUCAUCGAUGGCUUAAAGGAGUUGACGAUGAUGCCGAAAAGGAACUGGACGUUCUUCUUUCUGUUGAAAAAGAGAACAGAAAAAGUAUGA